AUGAAGGAUCGCGGCGGCAUUGGACAGCUGUUCGAGUUCAAGCGACUACUGGUGAGCGAAGUGAACGGACGGGAAAGGGGGGUCCGCAGUGUCGCGUACGCGUGUUUGCGUACCCCGCCGUCACCCGCACCAAAAUCCCCGCUGUUUUGUGCAAUGGCACAGCAUUGUUAUGCAGUCUCUCGUGAUAAUUGCGAUCAUUUUGCUUGCUGUCCCUCACUUUCUUUCUCUUUAUUUGCUUUCUCGCGAGUUUUCUGCUCGCUCAAGAAACACGCGUUGAUUGGCAUGACAAAUACUGCUCCAAAGUUGUCCGUAUCGCUCGCUAAUUAAUCAAACUGGCCAGCGACCUUUGUCCACUUCACCAAUUUUAAUUGAUAAAACGCCAUUUCGGAGUGCAAUUCAAUUCUGCAUAAUGGUCAUCGAUGUAGCGCGGCAGAAAACUCCACUAUCAGCAACAUGUCCGAUUAUUCUUAAAUUCGGCAUCGAUUGAGUGACAGCGGUCGGCGCCGGCCGAAAAAUGUGAGGGGAAAAAGCGAAAUUUGCUUCCUAGUUUGUUUCUCUUUCCCUCCAAGACGAUCAGUCUUAGUCACAACUUCAGUUUGUUUUUUUUUUCUUUUUCCCGUCGCAAUGCGGUCGGUUCGCGGCGAAAAUGAGUGUGUAUCGAACUGCAAUGACCAUCCAUCUAUUGCGUCCAUUCCGUCCGGUCGGCCGGCCAAUCCUCCCGUCGCUCAGUCGUUUUCCGGCGGUAAAAACCGCAAAACGAAAGAUGCGGCGAUUUCCUGUUGACUGGGAGUGUUUUAGCCAAUCUCCCGAAGUGGUUUGAUUGACAUCGACGCCCUCCGCUAUUUCACCACCAAAGCAUCUCCCCCCGCCCCGUUAUGCACUCUCUUCUUCUCAACAAUUCGCAGUAACAAGAACAAAACCGAGCUUUUUUCUUUUUCUUUCUUGUUUCGACCUCAGCGUCAUGAAUUAUGAUCGGUGCGUUGAGUGCCAGUGCAAAGACCUUGAAAAUUGAGAAUUCUAUCAAAUUCACCCUGUCAUUUCACAGAUGAGCAGGUAGCCUUUGCGCCAUUUUUUUGCAUUCCGUUUUUCACCAUUUUACGACGCAGUUUCGGCAAUGUGUAUCACAUCGAGUCCAAUUUUUAUGGUGGGCGCGGAGGCGGCAGCGGCGGGCGUUCGGACUACCUCACAAGUGUUGACACACACUCUCUUCAUUUGGCCGUCCUCUGUGCCCAUUUCCAACUUUUGUAUAGGAGCCCAAGUGUCAUUAUUGUGACAGACAGUUUCAAUUUCUACACUUCCCCCAUAUCAUCAGAGUUUUUGACUGGUCUCCGAUUACAUAUUCAAUCGGAAAAAGGCUCAUUUGUGAAUCUUUUGAACUCAUACUGUGGACGUGGACAUUUACUGAAAAGUUAGGCCAAAGCCGCUGAGUCAUUUCGAUUUUCGAAAUUCUAACAAAAAACAGUUUCCGAUGCCUACAAAAGAACAUAGACUGAUCGGUGUAAUAUUGGUUACACGAGAAGUGUGUGUCUAGUAACAAGGACAAAUAUAUAAAUCAUUUCGAAUGGUAUGUAUAACAUCAUCGUAUUGGAAUGUCCGGUUUUCUCACUCAUCGAUCAUUUUUGAUAGAAAUUGAUUAAGGCAGACAAACGAGAACAUUCUUUGAUACUACUAGCAAAUCGCAAGCCCCAAUUUUUCAGUGAAGACACCAUUAUAAUAAAUUUGGUAAUAAAAUGAGCGUUAUCGCGUUUCGCCGAUGUCGGGAAAGGCGUAAAUGAGGGGAGCGGGACACGAUAAGAAGUAUCGGUCAAGCCGGCCUUUGCCAAAGGAAAAGUGUAGCCUGUUCUCGGUUUGUGGCGGAAGACUCUCCCCUAGUUUCGCUUUCCUUCUCUUUGUUCGAUAUCAGAUUUCGAAUCAGUAUGUUAUGUUCAAAUCGGCCACUCGUCUCUCGCAAAAGACGGAUAUUUUCUGCUUCAAAACUAUGCGUCUAUUCCAGAUGACUACGGACUCGGCAAGUAUCAAGUCUUCCGAGGGAACGUGCAGUUCGAUUGGUGACGAGCGCGAGAAGGCGAAAAUUGUGCAGAAGUUGGUCGAAAUUAAGGACAAAUUGAGAGCGUUGAACGAGAAACGUGAAGGUGAGUUGAUUCUCCGCCGCGACACGCAUUAGGAAGGCAUCAACUCACUCUAAUUCGUUCCAGUUGACGUCGAAAAGUUCCUGUCAGUGACCAAACAGUCGGAAAUCGCCCGCGGCAUCGGCCUCGACAACCCGCAACGAGCCCGUAUCCGCAACAAUUUCGAACGCCAAAACCGCAAGCAUGCUCAGGAAACCGAGGUUCUUCAGGUGAGCUGAACAUUCAAUCGAUAAAUGGGUGGGCUAACCUUUUUUUUGGUCCAGAAGAAACUUCUCGACUACGAAGAGCGUCUGAAACAAGUCGACAGCGGAGAAUAUGAGCCGAGCCCGACGCGUUCCAGAGUUUUCCCCACUGGAAUCAGGUUAGUUAGAAGCAUAGUUGGCAAAAUCCGGACUAACGAGCGGGCCGUGCUAUUAUAGGAAAACUUUAUGAAAAUUAUGCGAAAAGAGACCAAAAUCUAAUUCGGUUAUCACACGUUUAGUUAUCCAUUAGACACAUCAUGUACGAAUAUGCAGAACACUCAAUCGAUACACGAUUUUUUGUGAGAAAAUGUAUUUGCUGACGUGUCAAAAAAGCAGCCAAUUGACGAAUAAACAUCGCAAGGUUUAUCUGCCAGAUGUUUAAUAGGUGGUUUGCACAUGUGCACCAUCCCACUGAACACAAGCCAGUUUUAAAGUUUUCGUUGAAAUGUUUUGAAGCAACGCAAUAAUGCGGACGCCUUUUAAUUUCUCCCUUUCUCAUUCGCUUUAGUACAAAAAAAGACGGAAUCAGGCAAGAAUGCAUAAAUCAGCUUUGGAGAAAAUAUCUGAAAGAAGACGGCGUAUUGGAUGGAAUAGGCGUCACAGGCAAAAAGCAAUUUCCAGUUUGUAUUACCUCGAGCCGGCAUCGAUUGGGGGCCGGACCAGGCAGCCCAGCCUGCUCGGCUCUUUUUCAUCCGUGUCACAGGAUAUCACAUUCAAUUUUUACGACCAAAUUUGCGUGUGCCAACCUCCUCUCGAAAGAGAAGAGCCGAGAUUUUUGCCUCCAGCGACACACAUUGUUCCCCGUGGCUACCACUACAAUUCUUUCCAUUUUCAGAAAAGCCAAAGGAGUCACAGAGUCUGUGAUGAACGCUCAAAUGGAACUCGCGCAACGUGUCAAGUCGGCCUUCUCGGCGGACAAUGUCAGCUCUCAGAACGGAUCUGUGCACGGAGGUAAGCAAAUCGAACACGUUUAUUUGAAAAGAACAUAA